GCCUAACCUCUUACGCAUCAUGCUGCACAGAGAAAAUGAUACCCUUGGAUUUAAUAUAACUGGAGGACAAUGUAGUCAGGACAACCCAUUGGAGUCCACAGAAGGGAUUUAUGUGUCCAGAAUCCUGGUAAAUGGGCCAGCUGACAAAGCAGAUGGUCUGCAAAUUAAUGACAAGAUAACAGAGGUCAACGGAAAAGAUCUCUCCAAAGCUACUCAUGAGGAGGCAGUGGAGGCAUUUCGUAAUGCAAAAGAACCCAUUGUAGUCCAAGUUCUACGGAGAGCCCCCCUUAUUAAAGCACAUGGGAGCUCCCAAGAUGUUCGGCUCAUGGAUGCUAGCACGCAGACAGAUAUUACCUUCGAGCAUAUUAUGGCUCUGGCCAGGCUAAGACCGACCACACCUCCAGUACCUGAUAUAUGUCCUUUCCUGCUUUCAGACAGCUGCCAUUCUCUUCAUCCUGUGGAGCAUGAAUUUUAUGAAGGUAAUGACUAUCUUUCUAGCCUGCCCGCUGAUGCAGACAGAACUGAGGACUUUGAGUGUGAGGAGGUUGAACUCUAUCGCGUUAGCAGCCAAGAAAAGCUGGGGCUGACUGUAUGUUACCGCACAGAUGAUGAGGAAGACACAGGAAUCUAUAUCAGUGAGGUUGAUCCAAACAGUAUUGCUGCCCGAGAUGGACGCAUUCGGGAAGGAGAUCGGAUUUUACAAAUAAAUGGCCAAGAUGUCCAGAACAAGGAGGAGGCAGUGGCAUUGCUCUCCAGUGAUGAAUGCAGGAAAAUUGUGUUGCUGGUAGCAAGACCAGAGAUGCAGCUGGAAGAAGGAUGGCUGGAUGAUGAAAGGAAUGAAUUCUUAGAGGAGUUAAACUUAGAAAUGUUGGAAGAACAGCAUAAUGAAGCAGUGCAGUACACAGGCAAUGAAGUGGAGCAGCCAAAGAAACACGAGGAAGAAGACGGCACCACAGACACUGCUACCUCAUCAUCCAACAACAAUGAAAAAGAUAGUGGAGUGGGACCCACUGAUGAGAGUCAGCGCAAUGAUGAGAGCUCAGAACAAGAGAAUGUCCCAGAAGAGCAGAACAACACAGCCCUACAUAGCCAGUGGGAGCCUGGGCAGAGCCAGGACUCUUUGGGAACCAUCGAACUCCAGUGCAAAGAGAGCCUCGUGUGUGGGGAAUAUAUUGAAUCAGAUUUUGUUGGCAACCAAGAUGAGGACUGUGAAAGGUUUCGUCAGCUGCUGGAGCUCAAGUGCAAGAUCAGAAAUCACGGGGAAUAUGACCUGUAUUAUUCAAGUAGUACAAUAGAGUGUAACAGAAGGCAAAAAGAUGGAGUUGAGCAUGAACUGCAGUUACUCAAUGAGGAACUGAGAAACAUUGAACUUGAGUGUCAGAACAUUAUGCAAGCUCACCGGCUACAAAAAGUGAAAGAUCAGUAUGGAGACAUUUGGGCAUUGCACAGUGGUACAUUCAGGAAUUUUAAUACCAGCAUAGACCUUCAAGAAGGAAAACUGGAUGACAUUAUAGAGCACCUGGAGAAAUCUGAUAAAGACAGUUCCAGUGCUUACAAUACAGCAGAGAGCUGCAGAAGCACUCCAUUGAAUGUAGAUCGAUCUCCUGAUAGUUCUCUCCAGAGAAUGAUCAGCAUUACCAACAGGAAAAAUCUGCGGAGUACCAUUGUGGCUAACCAGUUGUCUUCAAGACACAGUAGCUGGGAGACAACCCCAAAUAAAACCAAAGCUACUGAGCAAAAUAGUUCUCUUGAAGAAAAGGAGACAGUUUCAGAAAGUAGCAAAUCAACAGAACAAGAAAGGCAAAGCCCUGAGCAUAUUCCUUAUCUGUCCCCAUACCAUAGCUCUUCAUACAGGUAUGGGAACAUACCAGCACAUGCUAAGCAUUAUCAAAGCUAUAUGCAGCUGAUCCAACAAAAAUCUGCAGUGGAGUAUGCCCAGAGCCAGCUUAGCCUAGUGAAUAUGUGCAAAGAUUCACAGAAAUGUACAGAGCCCAAGAUGGAAUGGAAAGUGAAAAUAAGGAGUGAUGGGACAAGGUACAUUACAAAGAGACCAGUAAGAGACAGAAUCCUGAAGGAGCGUGCCUUAAAGAUUAAAGAGGAACGUAGUGGGAUGACAACAGAUGAUGAUACAAUGAGUGAAAUGAAGAUGGGUCGUUACUGGAGCAAAGAGGAACGGAAGCAGCACCUGGUGCGAGCCAAGGAGCAGAGAAGGCGUCGGGAAUUCAUGAUGCGUAGCAGAUUAGAGUGUCUUAAGGAAAGCCCACAAAGUGGCAGUGAGGGCAAAAAGGAAAUUAAUAUUAUUGAACUCAGUCACAAAAAGAUGAUGAAAAAGAGGAAUAAGAAGAUCUUGGACAACUGGAUGACCAUCCAGGAACUUAUGACACAUGGUGCUAAAUCUCCAGAUGACACAAGAAUGCACAAUGCCUUUUUAUCAGUUACUACUGUAUGAAUACAACUGUUAUGGGGAAAAAGUCUGCUACCAAUUUCGGUAGAGUACAAUUGCCUCGUUCAAAGUGGCAUUUUUAUAUAUUUUGUGACUGUUUACAGGUUGAUCUUUUUUGUAAGCAAAUUACUUGGUAAUUUUACAUUUGUUUUUCAUACAAUAGUAUUUUCUUUAACUGGUAAUUUUGCAGUAUUUCUUUACUCUGCAAUAUAUUCAUAACAUUUGUUUCUAUUUUAAAAAUCAAAAAAUGGAGGAACUAAUUACUUUCGUAACCAAUUUUAUGAACUGGAAGUUAAGAACUGGUUCUUUUCCUCUAGUUUUCCUUUUUAAUACUUAACUAAAACUGCAAUGCCAAAACAAAACCGCUUUAUACUGUCUUCUUGCUUAUUGGCAAUUUUUUACAUCAAAGAUUCCAUUUUUCCAUAAAUCACAUACCUCAUCUCCUCAUGAGGCUUAAAAAUGACAUUUUGCCCAACAGCACACUGUACAGUUCAUUUAAUUUUUAAAUUGCAAUUGUCUUUGUCCAAGUAAAGUGUAGGUGAGCGCAAUUCGCCCGUGGUAUGUAAUGGCAUUGGUUGUGUAGCUAGGUACUCUGUGGUAAUUGUGAAGAUCAAAGAGAAAUAAAUUAUUUCUUAUCUUUAAGAAAAAAUAUUAAGGGCUGCUUUGAUUUCAGUUGGAGUUACUCCUUACUAGAUGAUCUUUCAGGAUUACUUCAAAGAUACUUGUUUAUAUAUGAUGAACAUUCGUAUGGAAUCUUUAUUUAUUUGUCCCUCAUAGUUUUUUAGCAGAUUUCCAACCCUACUACUAUGUUGGACAGAUACCAUCUGGAAACGGAAGUAGGCUACAUCCAAGAGAAAGAGCAUAGUGUAUCAGGAAAUUGUUGUUUGUUUGGGAAACAAUAUCGUUCUCUAGAACAAGUGUAUACAAUUUUUCCAUCAUUGCUCUCUUGAUAUAGUACAAAACUCAUGUACACCUUUCUGCUUCUCCUGUUAAUAAUAUUACAUUUUCUGGGUCUUCACACUGUCACAGCAUAUAUUUGUGAUGAAAUGGUACAAUGGUUGAGGGAUAUCUUCAUAGCGUAUUGAGAUGUGAACUCUGGUAGCCUUAAGACCAAACUAUGUAUUCAUGUUUUUAGAGCAGGUUCUCUGCACCCAAUUUGGUUUCCCAGUUUUUAUUUAAAAAAUAAAUAAAUAAAAGAGAGCUCAAACAGGCUCAGAAUGCCACCAAAGGGGGAGUUAUGUCCCGCAAACAGCACUGAGGUGAAAUUAUUUGCCCUGUUUUGCUGCUACACAUGCACAGAAUACUCCAUGUGGGGCAGCAAAAUUGGAGAAAUAACUCCCCCCUCCCUGGAACUAUUUCAGUGCAGAGAAAACAGCUAGCAGGGAGGCAGGAGCCCUCCUUCCCAUGUCAUUCCAAUCCCAGUUGGGCCCUCCUCUGUUUUUUAAAAGCAUUCCCUACAACUAAUGCAUGGCAACAGAGAACCCAAGUUGGGACCAGAGAUCCUUUUAAAAACAUAAACGUAGUUUGGCAUGAAAAUCAGUAAUAUAAAUUGUGGAUCUGAUCCAAAGCUUGGUGUGCCCUCUGAUUGCCUGUAGACAUCGCAUUGUUAACAUCCACGAUUUACUCAUACAAUGCUGUGUAUUAGUUAAGUACAUAUCCAUGUAUUGUGUUUGUUAGGUGUAUGCAUAAGAAUUGUUUUAAGUGUACAUCUAAAGAUGUAAAGUGAAAAUAUGGCAAACAGGUUUGGAAAAGCAAGUACACUACAAGCAUUGCGUGUGGCUCUCUGUAGACUUUGGUUACUGGCUUAUAUUGCAUGAAACGUCCUAUCCAGUUUUCCAGGACUGAAAAGACUUCAUUUAUUAAUGAAAAAUUUGUGUUGGGGGAGAGUGCAAAAGCAUGAGAAAAUAAUGUGAUUUUUCUAAAAUUGUUGGCAGACUUAAUUUUCAGCCCACACCAGUAAUGAGCAAGGAGAAAUCAGAAAAUGAAUUAAUAACUCUAGCAAAUUUGCCACACCAAAAGAAAAUCCAUUCUAUAAUAUUAAAUUGCAAAUAACACAUAGACAUCAAGAUGUAACUGAGAAAUGUUUUGGAAAAAAAAGAUAUGCUUUCCAGUUGAAGAACAUUUUUCUUCUUCUGUCCCUUCCUGGGAGAAAAUUGGUUUUUGCUUGCAAAAAAAACUUCUGUUUUUUCACAUAAGAUCAAUGGUAACAUGAAAUGUGUCAUAUCUUUUUCUUUUUUAACAAGUCUUCAUGCCAAAAGUGUUAUAUUCAGCAUUAAAAAUUGACAUUAGUUGUUUGGGGAAAACUGCUCUGAAAAAACUGCAUAAGAUGUUGAUUCUUCAUUCUACUGUUAAGGAAUUAUGAAUGUCUGUGACCAAAACAAAAGGAAUAUUAAAAAAAAAUUAAGGCAGCAUGUCUUGGUUUCUCAGCCCAGUUUGUAAUUUCCUGAGGUUAACUCAAGGUAUCUAUGUUUCUGCAAUUUGUAUGAAAAUGAUGUUGAUUAUAUGCAUUUGAAAGCUACAGAUGACCUGUUAGCCAUUCCAUUCACUAUACAUUUCUGUUGCAUUCUUUGCACUGAUCAGUUUGCCGACCUGCAUACCAGCAGCAAGAUUGCACAGUCUCUUUUUAAAAAAAUUGACAGCAUG